GUUUGCGUGAGACUGGGUCGAAGAAAUUCAACAUGGCGGAAGCACCUUCUAUUCCUUGAUGAAAAUCACACAAGUUUUUCUCCUGUCGAGUGCCUGGAAAAAUGACAAUUGUUAGGGAUUGGGAAUGGGAGAAGAAAACCCUGAUUUCCCCAGUCACGAGUGUCGAGUUUUUGGGUUCAGACGUGCUUCUUUCAGGAAACGGACCAUUUCUUGGUAUAUAUUCAGUAUCAAAGGGUGCUUUGCUAAAUGAGAGAUACCUUUUGCAAAGAUCAAGGAUACAUGGAAUAAGAGUUGAACACAAGCACAAAAACUUGGUGAUAAUAUUUGGGCAAAAGGUCAUAAGAGUCAUCAAGCUACCAAAGGAUUCUUUGAACUCUAGGAUCAGUGUCGAGGCAGCAUCAGACAUUGAAACUUUUGCUGAUCUGAUCUGGGAUGCUCAUUGGCUAUAUGAUGAUGAAGUCCCAAGAUGCAUUGCUAUAGCAACAGCUCACAAUGCUAUUUGGUGCUGGGACUGGGAGAGUAAUGUGAAACAGUUAGUUGCACAAUGUGAAGAACUCUGCAUAUUAUAUUCUGCUCGAUUCUUUGGAUCUCAUUUAGACCAUUUAAUCAUUGCUUCUGGGACUGUGUUUAAUCAAGUUCUCCUUUGGAAAGUGCAAGGGAAAAAGGAUGAAAAUAACAGAACUCCUGUUCUUCAGAGGCUUACAGGCCAUGAAGGUGUUAUUUUUUCAUUAAACUUCAAUGGGUCAGGAACACUUUUAAGUUCAGUAUCAGAUGACAGGAGCAUACGAUUAUGGAAAGUUACUAAUUUAUCAACAUUUGAAUCAAAUGGCUUUGUGGAGCCUUUGCUUGUUGUUUAUGGGCAUGCAGCACGAGUUUGGGAUGCAAAAUUAUUGGAGACAUGUUUUGUAAGCAUAGGAGAGGACUUGGUGUGCAAUGUAUGGAACUAUGAUGGAAAUGUUGUAAAGACUCACAAAGGACAUACAGGUCGCAAUAUCUGGAGUCUUGCAGUGAACCAAAGUAAAAAUCUGAUAGCUACAGGUGGUGGAGAUGGAGGAAUCAGACUCUGGCCAUUAUCAAGUCCUGAUCACUGCAGCACAAGUGCUGUGAGAGAAGCAUGCCUUCCAUCCUCAAACAACAGAGCUUGGAACCAAAUGGACACAAAGAAAACUAAAAAAGAGGAUUAUCCAAGAUUUGUUAGUCUUCUUGACCAAGCAAAUUUGUUGGUCAUGACAAAUGAAGGUUGUCUAUACAAGUAUACUUGGCUUACAAGUAAGAUUGUGGGAAACCAAGAUGUCUCAUCUUCAAGUCAUAACAGAAGCUCUUCAAAUCCUGAGGAUCAGUGGACACUGUUGUGCAAAGAUGCAGAGUACUCUUCAUACAGUGUAUUGGCUUUGUCUCCCUGUCAUAAGAUAAUUGCAUUUGGAAAUUUAAAAGGAAAAAUCAAACUGCAAGGCAUAGAUUUCAGUCAUCCCAGUGUAGAACGUCAGGCCUACUCAGGCAAAGUUCACAAUCUUCUCUGGAGCCAGCUGCAUUCUCCUCAGCAUCUUUUUUCCUGUGGGCCAGACGGACAAAUCACUUGGUGGAAUAUCAGCCACAAUGAAGGACAACCAGCACAACCAACAUUUGAUGUUACUCCACUGUGCUCCUUCAUCUUGCCUCCAUCCAAACAGCGUUGGGCAUCAGCCAUAGAAAUUUUCUUAGACCCUUCAGUGAAAGAAAUUUCUGGCAGAGAAAGUUGGACUAAAGACUCCGUUGUAGUAGUAUGUGGGGAUAGGAAAGGAUCGUUGCAUCUGUUUGAUCCUAAAAACGCGACUGGCUCUUCUCAAGAGUCGAGCGGUCCAGUACAUUCCCUUCCUCUGAUUCACGGCAAAGCAGGAGUGAGUAACCUGUCUCUUCAUAAUAACACCAUGUAUUCAGCCGGUAGAGAUGGAGUCUACAGACAGCUCAGAAUACAGAACACUUUGGAAGUUAUUGACACCAAAAAGGUCUUCAAAGGUUUGGACUGGGUUGAGCGACUGCUGUUCUCCAAUAGUGGCGACUUACUCAUUGCUGGCUUCCAUUCCGCGUAUUUCGUCUUAUGGAGCGUGCAGCGCAAUGAACUCUUGUGGAGAGUGAAGUGUGGUGGAGCUCACAGAGUCUGGGACUUAGCCCUUGAACAGUCGGAAGUUUCCAUAUCUGGAGCAGUGUUGUCCUUUAUCAAAGACUCGAUUAUUUACACGCACAAAAUGGUUUUUCCCAGUGAGUUGAAAAAGUCUGUACUGAAGCCAGGUUUUCACGGACGAGAGGCGACGUGUCUGUGCUUCAUAGACUCCCUUGCAGGGCAUCAAGCUGAUGUCACUGACGUGUUAGCUACAGGAAGUGAAGACACCAAUAUCAAACUGAUGAUCUCUAACCGUUCCACCGGUACAUGUGUUUGUCUUUUCACUGCGCAUGGUCAUAUAUCGAGUGUCCGAGCCUUGAGCGCUACUGCAUGUCCUCUGCCAAAACACCAGCCGAGCGAACAAAUCAAUAUCAAUACUUCCAGUGACAGGAAUUGCCAUCUUCUCUUUUCUGGCGGCGGCCGCGCGUCACUCAAAUGCUGGCGCGUCGAUCUGUCACUCAUUGAUUUCGAUAAUGACAGUUGUCAUGGUGAUAAGAUGACAUCAUCUCCUAUGGUUUUCCUGGGCGAAUAUUUGUUCCGCUUCAGUAAUCACCGAAGGAGACGAAAAAAACAGGACUUGCAGUCCUUGUCGGAGAUCAGGUUUAUGUCUCUGACGUCACUAUGUGCCAACGAACUGAUCGACAGCUGUCAAUCAUUGUAUUUUGUCAUGGCAGCAUGCUCGGAUGGCUUUGUUCGAAUUUUCAGCUUUGAUGAGCUGCAAAACAAGUUCUUAGUUCUGGCCCAGUCCCAGUACCUCAAACGCUGUGUUCUCGCGGUUAGUCACGUGAUUGAUUUUCGUACGAGUGGUAGACCGCUGGUUAUGUUGUUUGCGGGAGACACUGCUGGUAGAAUUUCUUGUUGGGACGUGACUACAUUGUUGUUGAACCAUGUAAAAGAAUAUUGUUACUUCAUCUGCGGAGAGUACAGAUUAAUGAAAAAUGUAUCAGACAGAGAGAGUUGUAAUCAGGUUGCUGUGGAAAAACGAACAGUCUGUGAGGUAGACGCUGUGAAUAAAUCAAGUGAAAAGUCUGUUUUGGAAGGUAAUGUUUCUUGGGAAAAGUGUGACACAGCUCUGAAGAGUGUGACUCCCCGUCAUGUGAAGGAAAGCGUAACAACUGAUAGCGUGACAGUUAUAAAACACCAGGACAACAGUGAAAAUGAAAGCGUCACAUUUCCUGAGGGUUGUUUGACUGAUACAGCGGAAUCGGAAAAUUUUGCGUCCAUUGAUCAUUUGACAGUGGAGCAAGAUGUAGCAAACAGGAAUGAACAGACUGCCAUCACUAGCGAAACACCAGGUCCAUCCAGCUUAAAUGAUCGAGAUGAUCAACAAUUUAAUGCAGAGUUUGUGGAGCAGAGUGAUUUCUCCUGUCUUCCUCUGGUGCCAGGCUUCCUUGAUUUCCCCACGCACGUGUUUCAAGCUCACCAGUCCGGUGUCAAUGCAAUCUCGCUCGUGAGAUACCAAGUUUCAGGGCAGUAUUUGAUGGUCAGCGGUGGCGACGACAGUGCACUUUACGCCGCGGAAUUUGACUUGGUCUCCAACGAUCACGACACCACUAAGGUUCACGUGACUCGUGACGUAACAGAGCCCUCAGCUCAUACGUCAUCAGUAACAGGUGUAAAGGUUCUAAACAGUGGCUUAGUGAUCUCGUCAUCCGUUGAUCAAAAGCUUAUUGUGUGGGAGAUGGUCAGCAGAGAACAGGUUCCAUUUGCUUUCCGUCAACGCGCUGUGGAAAUCGUAGAUAUUGCCGACGUCCAGGACUUGGAGGUCUGGGGAGAGAGGGACGAUGGUUUGGUGGCAGCAGUUUGCGGAGUUGGUCUACAGACCUUCAGUCUUCUAGGACAUACUUGAUACGUGAAAGUUCUUUAUGCAUUUUCUUUCCAAUCAAAGAGCGAGCCAUGAGCUGCCUGGACUGUGCUAUGUUUACUGGGCAAUAAACAAGACAACAAAUAUUGGACUACUGAAAGUGGCUCUGAGCACAGACUAUUCGCUAGCAUAUAUAUCAUUUACGUCCACUCCCCUUCGUGUUUUUCUUUUAGUUAUUUUAUCAAUGGAAAAUCAAUUGUCGUAGUGAAAUAACGAAAUAAAAUUGUGAAGACCAAACUUAGUAAAAGAGGACCUUGUUCUUCUCUUUCUUUUGUCCGCGAGAGUUUAUAGCCAGGCAACGAACGAGAUCAGUGUCACGCGGGCUAAUCGAGACGUCAGGCAGUUAUUAGCACCUUGGGACUAUCACACGACCAAACGUUAGAACGAACGACUCUUAAAUUGAGUUUACGACUACUACCACGCGACAAGAGCUAAGAGUUUUCCCGAGUGCGAACCGUGCUUGCCCCGCCCAAAAAAAUUGAGAGAAGAGGAAGUGGAAAGCGUGCGGCUGAUCGCGUUUAAGUUUCCAUGCAUUUAUUUUGUCUGCUUGACCAAGUCAAAGUCCCC